AAAAUCCGAUUCGUAAUUAUCGUCACAGCAAAAUACUUUUAACGUAAAAAAAUCUCAAAGAGGGGGAGUAGUCGGAGUAGCGUCGAGUGAAGGAGUUGCACUGGGUUUUUCGAUAGAACGUAAGUGGCCUUAACCAUGAGUGGCUCGCCAUUCGAAUGGCCGGUGGAAUGUCCAACGAAGACAAACAUUCCACUGUAUUAACAAGGAUGCUCCUACACGACCACUGCCAAUAUCCUAGUUGCACUUUAACUCUCUGCCACGUUAACUCCACUGGCUGUAAUACCGCUACUGCUACGACUACUUGUGGACGAGUUUCUUCAUAAAAACCUACCAGCCCAACCAGAGAACCUCAGGCCAAAACAUCCGAACUUCAAUUGAAAUGAACUGAAGUGUGAUGUUGUGAGCUUCAACCCGUAACAAUGGUAUUCAGUUUAAAGACAGUUUGUUUGUAUAGACUCCCUGUAAUCUGAAGGUGAUUCUCUCAGUGUUAGCACUAUGUUUGACACACCCAGGGACAAUGAUGCAGAUGAAAUCAAACCACGGAAGAUACCCAACCAAAGCAUCGUACACCGUGUCUUUGACCGGCAGAUUAACUUUGGUCGUCCAGGAGUCCAGUUCAAUCAGUCUCGUAUGUUCUACACCAAUGUCUUCCCCAAUUUCACCAUUGUCAAUGUGGAAAAACCCCCAUGUUUUCUGAGAAAAUUCUCUCCUGAUGGUCAUUAUUUCAUUGCUUUCUCUGCCACACAGACAUCUCUAGAAAUUUAUGAAUUCAAUGGUCCAGCAGCUGCUGCUGACCUUUUGAGGCAUUUCAAUGGUGACCACACUCCGUCAGUUUAUGACAAUCGGUUACAUUAUCUUCAUAGCAAACUCUUUGAACGUUUCUUCACGCAAAAACAAGUAACUGUAGUGGCUACUAAUGGAGAACAUUUAAACCGAGAGUGUAGCCUGUUUACUGACGAUGGUAAGUAUGUAAUAGUCGGUUCAGCAAUUUUUGUUCCAGAAGACCCUUACCCAUUUUUUUUCGAUGUCUACAGAAACAAUGAAUCUGUGCCACCGAAUCCUCGUUGUCCACUCGAGGACUAUUGCUUACACAUUGUGGAACUGGAGACUGGUCUUUUGUGUGAUACUCGCCAAUUUAAAUGUGAUAAAAUUUUCCUCUCGCACAACCAAGGACUCUAUUUGUAUAAGAAUACCCUUGCUGUACUCUCUGUCCAACACCAAACCAUUCAUAUCUUCCAGAUUACUAAAGAUGGUCAUUUUGUUGAUGUCCGUAGUAUAGGUCGGUUUUGUUUCGACGAUGAUGAAAGUAUACUUCAUCUAGGUUUAGAUUCAAAAACUCAGGUGCACCAAAUCCGGCCCAUGACGGAAACCACCAUCAACUCCCUCAAGCACCGUCUUCUAGUUUUCCUCUAUGAACGUGCCAAACGUAUGGACUCUAUAUAUGAACUGCGUAAGUUUUAUCAAUAUUUUGAUCAGUUUAAAAGUUUACGAAUGUGGAAGAUGCAAUUAAUUGAUAGCGAACAUCUACUCAUUAAAUAUGCAAGUGAAGAGGUGGUCACUUUGCGUGUCUCAGACCCCAAUUCACAACCAUCCUUUUUUGUUGUCUAUAACAUGAUCACUACUGAAGUUUUAGCCGUCUAUGAGAAUACUUCUGAAAACCUCCUAGAACUUUUUGAAAAUUUCUGUGAUGUCUUUCGCAAUGCCAUGCUGCACAGUGAUAUGCAGUUCACGUGCUCAGCGUCAAGUAACAUCUAUGCUCGACAGAUGCAACAUCGGUUCAAACAGACUAUAAUCAAUGCUAAGUUUGGUGGACACACAGAAGCUGUGAAACGUCUUCUGGCUCAACUACCAAUCAGUGCUCAGUCGUUCAGCAGUAGUCCCUACCUCGACUUGGCUCUCUUUAGCUACGAUGAAAAAUGGGUUUCAAUGAUGGAAAGACCAAAGGCUUGUGGCGACCACCCCAUCAGGUUCUACGCCCGAGACUCUGGACUUCUGAAAUUCAAGAUCUAUGCUGGACUCCAAGGCCGCAACCCGCCACCCACUGCCCGCCGUCUGGUUGCUUUCACCUUUCAUCCUUAUGAGCCAUUUGCCAUUAGUAUCCAAAGAACAAAUGCUGAAUAUGUGGUCAAUUUUCACGUCCGGCAUAUAGCCUACGAAGCUGAUUAGGUUGCGACCUCUAUCAUGCCUCUCUGUCUCUCUCUCUAUUCUGUCACUGUCUUCCAUCUAUUACUUCCUCAUUGUCCUCCUCUUCUACUUCUCACCAUUUUCAUCCUUCUCUCUUUAAUGACAAUUUAAUUCUAGCUCUCCAUACAUGGUUUUAUACAAACACAUUUUGACAUUUUAUUCAAUACACAUAUACACAUGCAUUACAUGGACAUAACACAAUAGUUACUUGUUAUAUUCAAAAUAAAUAACAUACACUCAUAUUGUGUGUAUAUUAAAUGGUGUGCACUUUACAUGCAUAUUAUGUCAUGCACACAUAGUUAUAAUAAUGUAUAACUUAAUUUCAAAUAAUUCAUUAAAGGUCAGUAUGUAUCUUGCUAUGAGCUUUUCAAAUGUUGAAAAGCUCAUGAUGAGUGGAACGUGUGGCCAUUUGUAAUGAAUCAUUUUAACUUAAUGUGAUAUAUAUCUUUCUCAACAUCUAGCCUUGUCCUAAUACUUUAACUGAAAGUAGCUUUCAGUGCUAAACUACCCUUUCAUCUGUGUGUGUGUGAGAGUAUGCCUUCAAGUUUUUCCAUGUUCUCUCUCUUUCUCCAACCAUUUAAGAUGUGUGUGUGGCACCAAAACCAUGUUCCUCUUCCCUCUCCUUCCUUCCUCCUCCAUUGGAAGCAGUAAAUUUAAUGCUUUUAUUAUUCCCUCUUAUUACCCACCCAUCUGCACAUGCACACACGCACACACACACACAGUUUUCAUGUUCUUUUACAACUGCAGCUAAAACCUGAAAUAUCUUCCUCAGUAUUUCAGUUUUGUAAUUCCAGUCUCCUAUUAGCUGAUUCCUAGUCCAGCUCAUUUGGUUUUGUUUUUAUUUAGAUGAUAUAAAUCAUACUGGUUAAAAAUUAUUUGUAACUUUUUUUUUUUUUUUAUGUAAAAACUUUUAUCAAAGUACAUUUGAGUAGACUAUACUAGUCUGAAGAGGAUUAAUAAGGUCAAUACACCCAUAGUUGUCCCCCUUGACUGAGAAAAAGAAACAUUAAACUUAUAUUUCAUUGGCACAUAAUUAUCUCCCCUGCAGUUUCUGAGCUUGUUAAGGUUUUCUUUUACCUGCUUUUUUUUUCUUUUUUUUUUUUUGCUUUCCAAAAAACCUUCCGGUCAAGAAUAUUUUGUAUAUAGCAUUUAGUAUCUCACCCUUUAACGUAUGUACCCAAAUUCAUACUUUUCAUUUAUUUGAGCUAUUUCUCUUAGCUCUUUCUUAUAGUCUUUUUACUAUGGCUCAUAAACCAACAUUAGAUCGCUUGUCGACAGUGUUUGUGUGAUGAAUGAAAAACCACUCUCUCUCUCUAUCUAUCUAUCUCCCCUGGAUUGGAUGCUAGUCCACUGCCAUUUUAACUUCUCUGUGCAAACCAUUACCUAUAUUGUAGUUGGGUGAAAUAACUGAAUCAGCAAAUGUAUUGAAUGCAACACACCACCUUCCAACCUUCUAAUGAGCUGAGUAAUUAGUCAUUAUCUCAGCUCAUCAUAUAAAAGCUAUUAGUCAAUGAGGAAACCUCUGUGUGGUCACACAACCUACCAAAAAUAUCAGCUAAAUCACCCUCAAAUCACAUAUCUUGUUGUAUUAAAAAGCAAGAAUACACUAGAUAAUGCAAUCUUAGCUCACUGUCUCAAUAAAAGACUGGAUGGUCAGAAGUGGAAUGUCGUUGAUCUCAUAGGUCUAUCAGAUCAUGGCUAAUCUGGGUUUAAUUAAUCACUUGCUCUAAACCGGGUUACCUCUUAAUCUAAAUGCUUCAUCCUCAAUGACAGAACACUUGUCUACUUCCUUUAGACUUAAUCCAUCAUCAGGCUUUACAAAGCCGUCACUUGGUCCCUGGGUACCUCUAGCAGAAACCCAUUCUGGCACGAGUAUUUCACAUCAAGAAUCUGUUCUGAUAAUACACGACUUCUUUCCUUCGUUCCCAGAUCCUAAUCAAUCACAGAAGACUCUGAAAAUAUUAUUCAUGGAAAAUACAAGACUACGAAAUCGUGGUUGACUUAUGACAGGGUGGAGGGUAAAAAAAAGAGCACAAACAGGGGGGCAGGUUGCCUGGCACUUUGUCAGUCAUGACAGUUAGUGUUCCAGUUAAUCUGAACAAGGGAACAGCCUGCUCGUGAAAUUAACAUGCAAGUGGCUGAGCACUCCACAGACAUGCAAACUCUUGACAUAGUUCUCAGGGAAAUUCAGCGUGAUACAGAAUGUGACAAGGUUGGCCCUUUGAAUUACAGGUACUACUUGUUUUUGCCAGCUAGAGUGGACCAGAGCAAUGUGGAAUAAAGCAUCUUACCCAAAGGCACAACACACUGCCAGGAAUCGAACUCACAAGCUCGUGAUUGUGAGCUGAAUAUUCUAACCACUCAACCACCCACUUACAUGGUCUGAAGCCUAGUAUCAAAAAUGCUUGAACUCCUAGUCGUAAGAGAAUCCUUAAUCUUUUAGCAUUCAGAUUUCUCUGUCAAAUGUUGUGACCCCCUUUGGUCGUGAAUGAUUAUGGGAUUGCACCUAGAAAGUUACCCUCUGAGGCACGAUGUUAUCCAAGGGAAAGGCAAAGUCCGAUACAGCUUGGCACCAGUGACAUCACAGCUCAUUUAUUAAUGUGCAAGUGGCUGAGCA